AUGCGUGAACACCUUACAGAUUUUUUUAGACGUUCUCCACCCAAAGAGGAUGCACCCCCUGCAAAUGCCCCUGAGGGAGAUGCUCCUGCCAAAGGGUCUGCAACUGUAGGUGAGAAGGAGAAAGAGAAAGAUUCGGCACCCACUGAACCUGAAACCACGGAGGAAAAGAAAGCAGGAGAUGAAGGAGAGGAGGCAACCGCUGAUGAUGAGGAGCAGGCCAAAGAUGAAGGAGAGACACCUGAUGAGGGGGAGAAAUCUGAAGAAGCUGCAACUGAACAAGGGAAAAGCAAGAAGAAAAAAGUCAAGGACGUUGUAGCCAAAAUUGACAAGGAAGAUGACAAAGGGAAAAAGGUGAAAAAGAAGAUUCCUGCUUGGGCGACCAUUUCCGCCAAGAAACUGGCUUCAACCUCUCUUUCCCAGUUCAAAGUUGAAGAAAUCAUCAUAGAAGCAGUUGAGAGUUGCAAAGAGCGGAGUGGUAUCUCUUCGAUCACCAUUAUGAAAUAUGUCAUGAAGAAAUAUCCAUCUGUGGAAAUGGACAAAAAGACCAAAAACCUCUACAAGAGGGCUCUGAAGCGAAUGGUUGAGAGGGGCACUGUCAAGCAGGUGAAGGGCAAAGGCUUCUCUGGAAGUUUCGCCAUUGGGAAGAAGCCAGCUGCGUCUGCAGGGCCGAAAGAGACGCUGGGAGAGUCUCUGCCUCUGAUCAUCACCCGCCUCUGUGAACCCAAGGAGGCUUCCUACAUCCUAAUCAGGAAGUACCUGGAGCAACACUUCCCACAACUUAAUGUGGAUAGCAGGCCUGAGGUGUUGAAGAACUGCCUGCAAAAAUCUGUGGAAAAGGGCUACUUGGAGCAGAUCACUGGCAAGGGAGCCUCUGGAACAUUCCAGUUGAAGAAAGCUGGGAAUAAAGUGCUCUUGGGUGGCGGACUGCUGGAAGACGCCAUAGUGGCCGCCAUCACAGCCAUGAAUGAGCCCAAGACCUGCAGCAUCACCAUACUGCGCAAAUUCCUGGUGGAGAGACAGAAGGAGCAGAAUAACUAUUUUGUCGUGUCAAACCUGAAAAGAACCUUGCAGAAGUGUAAAAUGAUGGGAUGGAUGGAGCAGAUUUCUGGUCAUGGACUCAGUGGGUCAUACCAGCUAAGCUAUCCGUAUUACCCAAGCCCGGCAGUUCUGUUUCCAGAAAUGAUGGCAAAACUUAAACAGAAGGAAGGACAGACGCUCAAACGCAAGAGAAGUGAUGAAUCUGAUGAAGAAUCCGAAGAAGCGGCAGAAGAAGAAUCUGAAGAGGAAGAAUCGGAUGAGGAUGAGCCUCCUCGAAGAAAGAGGACCCAGCGUGCAAACCGGACAUCUGCGUCUAAGGCUCGUCCAAAUAAAAGGGCUAAAACAGUCAGCAGAAAACCUCCUGCUUCAAAGAGAUCAGUUGCAUCGGCCAAGAAAGCCCCUCCACCAGCCAAGAAACCAGCCGCUGUGAGCAAAGCAGCGUCUCGAAAGGUACCAGCGCCUGUUAAAGCCACACCAGUCAAGAAGGCCACACCAGUCAAGAAAGCCACACCAGUCAAGAAAGCCACACCAGUCAAGAAGGCCACACCAGUCAAGAAAGCCACACCAGUCAAGAAAGCCACACCAGUCAAGAAAGCCGCCACGACCAGUAAACCGAAAACACCAGUAGCCAAAAAGAUGACAAGCAGGGGGUCCAAACGGCCGUCGCCCAAAGCAGCUAAGAAGGAGGCAACUGAAUCUGCCGUGAAGGCUAAGCCAGCCGCCCGCAAGUCACUCCGAGCCCGGAAAUGAAUCCCGCGCUUACCGAUGGCAGAAAAGAUCAACUGUAGUUGCGUAGACUGCAGUGCUGGCUAUUUUCUCCUCUUAUUUUUGUAGAAACUUCCAUGUUCUCCUCGUCUUGGGGCCUCUGAUGAAUAUAGGACCUCUUCAAAGUUAUUCUGCCAUUCAAAUACAGGCAUUUUAUGUUCAAUAUUCUUAAAUUACAGGUAAAGAUAUAGAGUAGAAAUGCUACUGUUUGUGUUAAGAUGCUCAUUCAGGUCACCAUUAUGAGAACGUCGAGAAGGAGCUGUUCUCAGAUGUGUAUCAACAAAAAAUCAAUUAUUUAAAGUUCUUGUAGUCAGUCUUUUUGUAGAGGCAAGCAUUUCAGUUUUUCAGCCGCCCCUUUCGCAUCAGUGUUCAAGAAACCUCUUUUUGUACGUUUUAUUUCGGUCAUGUUUUGUGAAGUUAGGUCUUUAGCUACUGUUGUAAUCAAAAAAAAAAA